UGUUCUUCCUUUCUCUUUCAGAUUGAUGGAGGGCUCAUCUUUCUGUGUGUCUGGCAGGGCUCUUGUCUUGCUCUAUCUCCAUGUCCUCAUGAUCUGCUUCAUGCACGAAGGUUAUAGUUAUGGAGUAGAAGGGAAGAUUGCAAGCCACACUGUAUCAGCUAGCUCUCUAUCGCCUUCUCCUUCUUGCUCACCUUCCAAUACCAAAGCUGGCAACCGGAAGUCGACCUUGGAAGUAAUUCACAAGCAUGGCCCAUGCUCUCACCUUGUUCAAGGCCACAACCCUCUAAAUCACACUAAAACCCUGCUCCAAGAUGAGUCAAGGGUCAAGUGGAUUCAGUCCCGAUCCUCCAACGGCAGCAAUGGCCUGAAAGCUUCGGCGGCGACCAGUCUUCCAGCAAAGUCCGGCAUCACCGUGGGCACCGGCAAUUACAUAGUUACCAUCGGCCUCGGCACUCCGAAAAAGGACCUCACUCUCAUCUUCGACACCGGCAGCCCCCUCACGUGGACCCAGUGUGAGCCAUGCGAGGGAUCUUGCUACACUCAGUCUGACCCGAUCUUUGACCCGUCUCAAUCAUCGUCCUAUGGGAAUAUCUCGUGCACCUCGACAGCAUGCUCUCAACUUGUUGAUUCGGGAUGCUCUGGAUCGACAUGUCUAUAUUCCAUCCAAUACGGCGACCAAUCAUCUUCGGUUGGCUUCUUCGCGACCGAGAAGUUGACAAUAUCACAGACGGAUAUUGUUGACAAUUUUGAAUUCGGCUGCAGCGAGAACAACCAUGGCCUCUUUGGCAGAGCCUCAGGGUUGAUCGGGCUCUCGGAUGACAAGAUCUCCAUCGUGGAACAAACCGCGGCCAAAUAUGGCAAGUAUUUCUCCUACUGCUUGCCCUCUUCCUCUAGCUCCAUUGGACACUUGACUUUUGGCAAAGACGGGGAAGCAUCGAGCUCGGUUAGCUUCACGCCAUUAUCAACGGUCCCACAAGGCUCAGGGUUCUACGGAAUAAGUAUCGUAGCAAUCAGUGUAGGAGGAAAUCGUCUAUCGAUACCAUCGACGGUUUUUUCAAGUGGAGGCGCCAUCAUCGACUCAGGAACUGUCAUUACCCGGUUGCCUCCGACAGCUUAUAGUGCCUUGAGAACCACAUUUAGGAAAGCAAUGGCGAAUUACAGGAUGGCGCCGGCGCUUUCCAUUCUCGAUACUUGCUACGACUUCAGCAAAGAGAGCACGGUCACGCUCCCAUCGAUAACUUUCUCUUUCGCUGGGGGAGUCGACGUUGAUUUGGACCCUAACGGGAUAUUCUUCUUCGCGAAGGCCUCACAAGUUUGCCUAGCGUUUGCAGCGAAUGGUGCUGAUAGUCAUCUGGGCAUUUAUGGUAAUGUGCAGCAGACUACGUUUGAAGUUGUGUACGACGUUGCUGGAAGAAAGCUAGGUUUUGGUUCGAAUGGCUGCUCCUAAGGAGGAUAGAUUAAA